UUCACUUACAGUCGAAACUUGGGAGGCAUAUAGUUAAAUUUCCUCGUUUUCAGUGUGCAGUGAUUUCCCUUCCUCUUCUAACCUUCACUCUCUCACUCGCUCUCCAAUUCCGGCAACAACAAAGAACACCGAACCCAAAACGCAGAACCGAAAAGCAAAAAACAACGACGAAAACGAAACCAUGUUUUCAUUAAUUCUAAAACGCACAAACCAAACCCUAAAACAUCUAGCAACCAAACACCUCCUUAUCCCAACAAACCCUCCUACCACCUCCACCACUCCCAAAACCCUCCCUCUCCCGUCCAGCCACCGCAUCCGGCCGCCCUGCCGCCACUUCCACGGUGGCUCAGAAGACUACGACUACGUACAAGCCGACGUGAACUGUCCCCGAUGCAGCAGCGAGUUCCCGGUGUUGUUUUCUAACCGUCCGUUGUCGUUAACGAACCGGGAGUCCGGCGUUUAUCAGGCCGUUAACUUCUGUCCGAGGUGUAAGACGGCGUUCUAUUUCCGGCCGUUUAAGAUGGAGCCGUUGGAGGGGAGUUUUAUUGAGUUGGGGAAAGUUAAGGUUAAGGUGAAAGAGGAGGAUGUGAGUGAAAUUGGGGAGAAAGAGCGUGGAGGUGAUGGAGAUUUUGACUUGCCGACGCCGAAGGAGAUUUGUAAAGGUCUUGAUGUGUUUGUGAUCGGGCAGGAGCGAGCUAAAAAGGUGCUUUCCGUGGCAGUUUACAACCAUUACAAAAGGAUAUAUCAUGCCACUGUGCAAAAAGAGUCAGGUGUAGAAUUGGGUCAAUGCAAUUUUGGAAGUGAUGAUAAUGUUGAGUUGGAGAAGAGCAAUGUACUUUUGAUGGGUCCUACUGGAUCAGGGAAGACAUUACUUGCUAAAACACUAGCACGUAUUGUGAAUGUGCCAUUUACAAUCACUGAUGCAACAGCUCUAACACAGGCUGGGUAUGUUGGAGAAGACGUGGAAUCAGUAUUGUACAAGUUAAUAGUGGCUGCUGAUUUCGAUGUGGAGGCAGCUCAGCAAGGAAUUGUCUACAUUGAUGAAGUCGACAAGAUAACAAAGACUGAGAGUUCAAAUGCUGGCAGAGAUGUAUCUGGAGAGGGAGUUCAACAGGCAUUACUGAAAAUGCUAGAAGGAACUGUAGUGAAUGUUCCCAUACCAGAAAAAGGAGUUCGAAAGCAUCCAUGCAGUGAUAACAUACUGAUUGAUACAAAAAACAUCCUUUUCAUAUGUGGAGGGGCUUUUGUAGACUUGGAGAAGACCAUUUCGGAGAGACGGCAAGAUUCUUCUAUUGGCUUUGGAGCACCAGUUCGUGCAAGCAUGAGAACCACUGGAUUGACUGAUGCUCUUGUGACAUCAUCAUUGUUGGAAUCUGUAGAAAGUGGUGAUCUUAUAGCAUAUGGCCUCAUUCCUGAAUUUAUUGGACGGUUUCCAAUCGUAGUGAGUUUAUCAGCUUUAAAUGAGGACCAACUUGUUCGGGUUCUCAUGGAGCCAAAAAAUGCUCUUGGUAAACAGUACAAGAAGAUGUUCGGCAUGAAUAAUGUUAAACUGCACUUUAUUGAAAACGCACUGAGAUUGAUUGCAAAGAAAGCAAUGGCAAAAAAUACUGGUGCUCGAGGUCUAAGAGCCAUAUUAGAAAACAUUCUUACAGAAGCAAUGUUUGAGAUUCCAGACACCAAGACAGGAACUUCUAAUGUAGUUGCAGUUUUGGUUGAUGAAGAGGCCGUUGGGUCAGUCGAUGCAGCAGGGAGUGGUGCUAAAAUUCUUCAUGGAGAUGGUGAAUCUGAGCAAAUUCUUCAUGAAUUGAAAUCAAAGGAUUUUAUGGGGAAAGGCAAGGUUGGACAGGGUGGAUUGGAGGUUCAAUCAGGAUCCUUGAGCUUGUAACUGAGUCGAUGUGUGAUCUUGUAAAAAUUAUGUGUACAAAAAUGUAAAUUAUUAGGGGUGAGCAUGGGCAGCGGGCAGAACCGGAACCUACAGGUAGAAUCGGAAUCGAAACCGGAACCUUCCUGGAAGCGGCAUUGUGCAGGUAGGUUUCGGUUCCAUUUUAUUGGAACCGACACUGUGCGGUUCCAGUUUCGGUUCUUAUGUGUGGAGGAACCGGAACCAAAACCAGAACAUGAAAAAAGAACAUGAAACGAGUACCCGGUUUGGAACCUGCUUGGAACCUGUAGCGAUAUCUGAUUUGGAACCUGUUUUGGAACUUAUUUAGGAACCUGUUUUAGAACCUGGGCUCCAAUGAAAUAUUUGUGAAUAA